AUGGUCUCUUUCUGGCCGUUCAAGUCCAGCGAGGACCAGGCGUACUUCGAGAAGACGCUUUCCACGCUCUCGGGGAAGAUUAUAAGGGCUGCUUCUCGAAAUGACGCUGCGAGGCAGAGGUCUAGGCGCAUUCGCGUGAUGUGGACACUCUGGGCUGGGUUUGCCUACAUCUUUGCUGCUCUGUUUUGGUCGCUGGUCGUGGGAUACCAGAAUUGGGGACGUACAGAGUACACCGCGGUCGUUGGGGGACCAGUACUGAUCUACAUCGUCCGCACCACAACGACCCGCUACUACGACUGGCGCAUCUCCAGCACAGAAGCCUACAUCAAGACCCUCACCAAAGAACGCGAAGUAACGAUCGAGCGCCUGAAAGAAUCUACGAAAUGGAACUCCACACAGCAACUCCUCGAGAAGUACGGCGGCCAAACCAAGCAGAAGAACCCCAACGCCUCAUCUGACAAGAAGAAAGACGGACCACAGAAACCCACUUCAGCGCCAGGACCACGCACAGGCAUUGCACCACCGCCGACGGCAAAUAUUCAACGGCCAUCCGACCAGCGUCCAGCAACACCACAACAACCUGCAGCAGCAGCACCUCCACAGGGUCGGGGUUCAUCACCCGCACCAGCUCUUCCCCCGCCCGAAAGCCUAACAGCCGAAUUCGCGCCUAACGCCUUCUCCGCACCCGAGCUCACUCGACAAUACACCGCAUCCACAGCCUCCUUCACACAAUCCCACUGGUACGACCGUAUCCUGGACGCGCUCCUCGGCGAAGACGAGACGCAGCCGAAGAACCGCCUCGCACUAAUCUGCUCUGAAUGUCGUCUUGUGAAUGGGCAGGCGCCACCUGGUGCGCGUACGCUGGACGAUGUGGGACGCUGGCGGUGCGGAGGGUGUCACGCGUGGAAUGGAAAAGAGAAGGUGGAGGAGGUUGGUGUGGAGAGGCUUGUGCAGGAGUGGGAGGAGGAGCGUAAGGCGAGGGAGUUUGCGACUGAUGGUGCCGACAAAACCGAGAAGAAAGAGAUGGAGGAAGCUGUGGGCGAAGACGAGGGCUCUGGCGUGGAUGUUGCGGAGGAGUCGGUUGACGAGGCACCUGCUGUGGGGGAGAGGACGACAAGGAGCAAGAGCAAGGCGAAGGGCAAGUAG